UGUUGUCAAGCAAAGCGAAUGAAUUAUUGCUGUGUCAUCAUGGCGGGUGAUUUUUUUGUACACAAUAAAACGCGCGAAGCAUAGCAUACACGAUAGACAAAGCGUAUUACUAACUGAGUGGACUGGUUGUUGCUACCUGCCUAGCCAUCUCUGAAAAUGGAAAAUUACAGGAAAAUUAAGCAGUUUGAAACAUCAAAACGCAAAAGAGAAGGUGGAGGGUUCAUGGUGCGAAGGCCAAUCGGAGAUAAGAUAGAUGGAUGCGAUCCAUUUCUUAUGCUGGACCAUUUAGGACCAGUUGUUUAUGGUCCUGGCGAGGCGGUAGGAGCUCCUGAUCAUCCGCAUCGUGGAUUUGAAACUGUGACAUAUAUUAUUGAUGGUGAAAAUACACAUGACAGUGCUGGUAAUUCAGGAAUUUUGGGCCCUGGCUGGGUUCAGUGGAUAGAGAUGCCUUCAGAAAGAUUUGGUGGUCUAUUUGAAGGAUUUCAAGUUUGGGUUAACCUUCCUGCCAAGGACAAGAUGGUGAAACCAAGGUAUCAAGACACCGCUCCAGAGAAGAUUCCAGUUGUUCACUCUCCAGAUGGUGGCUCAAUGAUCAAAGUUAUUGCUGGGGAAUGCCUUGGCACUGAAGCAUACAUAGAGACACGCACAUCGAUUAUGUAUUUGGAUAUAAGAAUUAGUCCUGGAAAAAAAUUUGAAGUUAAAAUCCCUGCUGGUCAUAAAUGCUUUGUUUAUGUGUGGAGAGGAUCUGGGAAGUUGGGAGCUGAAGAAAAAGCAGCAAAAUUGGGAGAUGUUGUCCUACUUGAAGAUGACGGCGAGAAGUUUCUUUUGCAAGCAUCUGACAGUGAAGCAAUGCAUGUCAUGGUUGCUUCUGGGGUACCAAUAAAUGAGCCAAUUGCUAGAUAUGGUCCAUUUGUCAUGAACACACAAGAAGAAAUUCACCAAGCUUUUGUAGACUAUCAGACUGGAAAACUUGGAAGCAUUGAAGGAUCUGAAGAGAGGUAUGCAGCAACAAAAGCAGCAGUUGCACAACAGAAAAAAACUGGAAAGUACUAUAAUCAGUAGCAAGUUGGCCAAUAAAGUAGAAAUUCAGAAUAACACAUUGGGCUGAUUAAACAUAAUCUGAUGGAACCGCCUUCUGCAUGCCUGCACAACAAAUGCUGUUUAAAAUUAACCUGCAUUAUUGCAAUUUAUUUUGUACCCUGCAGGAAUUUUAGAGAAUAACUUAUUCAAUCUUUAAAGUAUCUUAGAAUUCAGUCUUACAAGUAACAUUUUAAAGAUGACUGUAACUUAAGAGAUGCACACCCUAUCCCUUGUCAUGUACAUGCAUGUUAUGUCAUUUAUUUCAUUUUUAUUUAUAAAAUAAUUCGUCUCUGUAUAUACUGUACAAUAUUAAACUGUACAAUCAACUGUUUUCCAAACAAGUCAUGUCAUUCCAUAAAAACAUGCUACCACUCCUACACAAUUAAUACUGUUAUUAAACUGAUAAUGUUUUUUGACAGAGUAUAACUUUUUAGAAAGCUUAGAUUAGACAGGUUUUAUUGACUUAUAAUGUCAUUCAAUGCUAGGCUAAAAAGAUUUCAGAAACAUAUUGCUACCAAGGAAGCAAAAUUGAUUAUAUUUGAAAAUAAAAUAAAAGUUGGGCUUCACCUAUUUCUUCUUACUCACUGCCUUUUUUGACUUAUUUAUUAAAACUUUGCUAAGUCCAAUAUGUGGAUAUAUGUUGAUGAAUUUAAAACAGACUUAAACGCACUCUAUAGCUUUUAUGCUGAAAAAAUUUGUAAUCUAUUGUAUCAAUAUAUUUUAUGUAUUAUAAUUCUGUGUCAAAUAUUUAAAAGUGACUAUGAUCACAAAAUUUUGGGUAACCUUAUAUGUAAAAAUAAUUUUUAAUUGGUAGAAAUAGCAACUGAAACAAUGUUUAAGAUUCCAGAAAUGGUGAAGUUAGUUUUGAUGCCCAUAAUACUGUAUAAUGGAUUGAUCCACAUGAACACAUCCUUUACAAAAAUCAUUACAAGAAUUUGUUAUUUGUUACCUUUUUUAGUUGUCCUCCUCAUUUUUGUAACAUGUUGAAAAUGCACUUUUAAUAGUGGAACUUGUAAUAUGCCAUCAGAUAGUGUUGCCUUAAUUUGAUGCACUGCCUCAAAAGCGGCCUAUAAAGAGUGCCUUUUUUGAAUUAUACUUAUCUAUACAAUGUGGCCUGCAAGCUGCAAUUGAUUUCGUUUUGAUGGUCCUAUGAGAUUGGAUCUAAAAGAUCUACUAUUAUGAAUACCAAUCAGUAUUGUAAGAAGUUACAUCACAACAUAGAAAAUACACAUCUUUUGUUUUAUAGGUAGUAGUCUUUCAAAUGUCAAAGGCAUAUUAUAUGGAAAGUCAACUCAAAUUAAGACUUAUCCAAAAGACUGUGGUGUGUCAGAGGACUUUAAAGCUUGGUUGUAAGAUUGAUCAACAAAGUUUAAUUGAGAAUGUUCCUUUGUGGUAUAUGAGUUUUUCAAAAUGGUUCAGGAGCGUCGUGGCCGAGGGAGCGGGGGGAGGAGGGGUGUGGGCCCCUCUGCUCUCAAAAUUUGAUGGAUCUUUGGAAAAAUCAUUGUUUUGUCAGAAAAUUCUCAAACUUGAGCUGUGGGUAAUUCUCAAACUCUUAGCAACAUGAAUUGACUAAAGUACUUACCGUAAAUACGAGAGGCAAUUCACUUUUUUAAAGAAAAUACUAGAUUUCCACAGAACAAAAUGAUUUCUCAGGAAUUACCAAUUUCUACCAUAGAGUGAUUUGCUGUUCGGAUUUUGUCAGUUAAAAUCCGAAACUUCAAGGACCAAAUAUGGUUAUGGAAAUUGGUCAAAAUUGGUAUAAAUUAUGUCUUUAUUUGAUAUUGAAGACCGGGACAGUACCAAUUUCGUGCAUAUCACCAGAUUUCUGAAAAUUGUGUCCCAGAUUUGAAAGUUUAUGUACUUAUGUUGCGUAAGGUAAAAUAAGGUUGAAGUCAAUCAAAACCAUCGAUUUCCCCCAGUGGAUAUUCAAUUAAAGAAUAAGAUUUUAUUAUCAAAAUUUGCUUCAAAAAAUGCAAUUUCCGACGAAUUUGAAGCAUUAAAUCAUAGAAAAUUUUUCCCUUCGGCGGCAAACCUGGGUUUGCCGCCUCAGGUAGUAACUUCAUUCUACCCUUGUCCUAAUCUGCGGAUGUCAGGGGCGUUCACUGUAAGUAUGAAGAAACAGAGACAAGAUAAAAAGUGCAUUUUAAGUUUCUUUCAAGCUAAGGCAAAAGCUAUGAGGUUUUCUGCUCCAUCCCCCUUUACACUUCCAUGAAAUGCUUCUAUUUCAAACAAAUCAAAGAAAUGUCGGAAAAUCUUUCUUUCUGGCCCUCUCUAGAAUUCAUUCGCCCCGACGCCGCUGAAGUGGUGGAACCAGACUGCAUUCUUUAGCAUCAUUUUCGUGCUUACAGUUUUCAGCCUGCUUGUCAAACAUUUAGAUUAAGUUACCACGAUGCAGCUUUCACCCCAAUAGGCUGAGAGAAACUGCAUCCCCAAGUCCAAGGACGUAAUCAGUUACCCUGUGGGUUGCUUGGGCAGCAUCAAAUGAAAAAGGAUGGCACUAAAAUUGAUACAUUAUGACACUGCAACCUUACAGUUACUUCCUAUCAAGAUGUCUUCCUGUUGAUGCUUAGCUUAAUUCUUAAAUAAAUAUUAUCUAGCUUCUUUAAGAAAGAAUAUUUCAUGUUUUCUGUCACUUUGUCUUUGUCAAACACAUGUCAAUUCUUGGAAAUUGGUAUUUUUUCAAAUGUCACUAUCAAUUCAGUGGAGAUAAUUUUCAACUAUCCGAAUAAACAGUCAAUGAAGUGACAAUGUCCACGCUACCGAUGCUUAUAAUAAUUUCUUUCACAUCGAAAAACAGCACAUUGAUGAGUUGUCCAUAUUUAAGUUGUUUUCGGUCACUGGCUUUUUGGGCCAAAGAGUUUAAGAGAUCCCGUGUAUUGUAUGACAAAUUAUACUUAGGUAACUCGGUA